GAGGGCCACCAAGACACACACAAUGCUCAUCAAAAUUUAAACUCAACCGACCAACCACUCUGCUAUUCAGAUCUCUCUACAGAUUUAUUUAUUUAUUUUUCUACUCCAGACAUAUGUAAAAUCAAAAGGGCAUUUCAGAAAUCUGGAAAAUAUUAGUGGGUUUUACUCGGAUUCCUGGCUGCUAGCUGGAUCUCCUUUAGUUGUGUUGAUGAUUUAGGGGACUUGAUUGAUUUUUGGGAUUUGAAUGAAAAAAUGGAAGUAGAAAAGCGAAGUUCCAAGGGUGGAUUUCUUCAUUUGUUUGAUUGGAAUGUUAAAUCCCGGAAGAAGCUUUUCUCCGGCAAAUUUGAGUUAUCUGAUAAUCCACAGCAAGGUAAAGAAACUUUUGAUGAUACAACAAUUUCACGUCUUCGAAAGGCGCAUGACAAUGGGUGUGGUCCAAGUACCAGAGGGAACGAUGGUUCAAGUUAUGCUUCAUCUGUAAAUGGUGAUGAAAUAUAUGGCACAAGAGCUCCGGGGGUCGUUGCACGACUAAUGGGAUUGGAUACACUUCCUACUUCAAAUGUUUCUGAGCCCUGUUAUACACAAUUUUUUGAUUCUCGCUCUUUUAGAGAUUCUCAUUACUCAAGGGGUAUGCCUGAUUUCCGGAGCGAAGAACACAUCAUAAUCUAUGACAGCAUGCGGAAUAAGCUAGACGGGUUCACCAAGAAUCCUGUUGAAGUGAUGCUGCAGAAGGUGCAGAAUCGACCAAUUGAGAAGUUUCAAACUGAAGUACUGCCCCCAAAAUCUGCGAAGCCCAUUUCAAUUACUCACCACAAGCUUUUGUCUCCCAUUAAGAGUCCAGGGUUCAUUCCAAGUAUGAAUGCUGCUUAUCUAGUAGAGGCAGCUGCCAAAAUCAUCGAACAAAGUCCUCGUUCAACUGCUAGACAUAAGUUGCCAUCUUUGGGUUCUUCUUCAGUUCCUUUGAGAAUCCAGGAUCUUAAAGAGAAAAUGGAGGUUGCUCAGAAAUCUUCUAGGACUCUUCAAGCUUCUCAGAAGGCCAAAGAACAAAGCUCUUCCAAACAGGUAAAGAGACAAACUAGGGACAGGGUCCAAGGUCAAGGAGAAGCUCCAGACAUGUUUAGGGUUUCUGAUACAUCAAGAAAUGCUGGUUCUCAGAGUAUCAAGAAUAAGGAAAAAUCAGUUUCACUGGCUGUUCAAGCUAAGGCUAAUGUUCAGAAGAAAGAGGGAUGUACUGCAAUUGGAAACCGGAGUUCUGUAAACCAUAAGGAACCUAAUGAUGUCAGGCAUAGCUCUUCUGGUAGGAACCAAUCAAAAAUCCAAAAGAAUGUUGAAAGGAGAACAUCAACUGACAAAUCUUCUGAUGUACUUAGGCAAAAUAACCGGAAGCAAAACUUUGCUUCAGCUAAAGAGAUGGAAGGUUCAAGGCCUCCAUUUUGUCAUCAGAAAGACAGGAAACAGCUGUCUUCAAAUGACGUAUCUAGGCCGAAUAAGACUGUAAAUAAGAUUGUUGUAAGCACUCCUGUCAUGCCCAGAAAGACCUCAAUCCAUCAUGUUGGAAAGGAACAACUUCCAUCAGCAGUAAAGAGAUCUUCAGGAAAGAAGCAACCAAUCAAUGGAAACAAUUUUUCUCAUGGAAAUGAUAACCAAUCAGUGAGUAGAGGCGAAAGGUCUAUAAAAUGCAAUUAUGAAAUUGAUAGGUGCAGUAAAUGGGAUGCAGCUGAGAGAAAAAAUGGCACGGAUGUUGUAUCAUUCACAUUCACUUCUCCAAUUAAAAAGUCAUUAUCUGCUUCUAGUUCACCUGUGAAAGUCACUGACAAGAAACGAGGCUCAUUCCUUGUUCCCACAACUAGUGAAAAUCAGUCUUCUUUUGGUCUGAAUGUUGAUGGUGGUGAUGCUUUAAGCAUUCUUUUGGAACAAAAGCUCAAGGAGUUGACAUCUAAAGUUGACUCAUCUAAUCAAGACCACUUCCAUUCAGAGUUUCCUUGUAGUUCUGCUGGCAGUUGUGAAGAUUCAGUGUCUACUCUCACAAUGACACAUACCACAUCUGGUGAACAUCACAAAAAUUCCCAACUUGAUGUGCCUCUGGACAAACUGGGCAUCCAACCUAAAUCCGAUAGCUCUUCUAUUGAUGAACUUCACCUUAAAGCAAUGCAAAAGUGGCAGGGUGUACAGGAGAUGGAAGAGCUUGGCUUUAUUAGAUAUGACAGAGACCCCAAAUAUCAAUCCUGUGGUCCAGUGUCAAGUUUGGAACCCGCCUACUCAGAGAGUAGUUGCAACUCUCUAGAUAGCAACAGAAGUAUUAGCAGUGAGGCUAGCAAGAUGUUUUUGGCAGUUGAAGCUUAUGAAAUGACUCAAUGGAGCUCCACUAGAAAGUCCCGACCUGUGGAAGCCGACAUGGAAGUAUCAGAUUCUGCCUCUUCAGCCUCUCUCGGGGCCACAAGUGUAACAGAUACAAGUUCAUCAUUCACUUCAAUGAUUACUAAUGAAUCAGCCAAUUGGGAGUUGGAAUAUAUCCGGUGUAUACUUGUUAACACUGACUUGUUGCUGGAGGAGUUUGCACUUGGUGAGGCACACAAGGUCUUAGCUCCCAAUCUGUUUGAUCAGUGGGGUGAAGUAAAACUAGGAUCAAGUAAAAAUGUGGAAAAGAACUUCAAGUUAGUGCAAAAGGUAUUGUUCGACUAUGUUGAAGAAUCUCUAGAAUUAAAGUGCGUGCAGCUUUUUAGUGGAAGCUGGAAAUCUUGGACUAAGCUAGCAGCUCUGAUUCAGAAGAAAGAUUGGUUGGCUGAAGAACUGGGCAGGGAGAUUUCAGGCUGGACAAGCAUGGAAGAUUUGAUGGUAGAUGAGCUUGUGGACAAGGACAUGAGUACCAAAUUGGGGAAGUGGGUUGAUUUUGAGAUUGAGGCAUUUGAAGAAGGUGUAGAAAUUGAGAAGAGAAUAUUGAGUAAUCUGGUUGAUGAAUUGGUUGAUGAUUUCUUGCUGUUCUAAAGCAUUGCAACAUAGGCUACAUAGGUUUUACAUUACUCAAGUAUGACUUGUAGAUACAUGGUUGUUGUGAUGGGCCCAAAAAUAUAGAGGCUCACAAAUUCA